CGCGCGAAUGGUUCCCACGCGCACUCGACGGCCUCGACGCUCGAGUGCUCGACGCAACGGGACUGCACGGGACAGUCAAGCCAACGCUAGGUGUCAAACCGAUUCUAAUGUCAUCGCUACGUGAAAGUGUCGGUACGUAACGAGAAGAUUCAGGUAUGGGGAAGACUACGAGGGUAGUCGUUUGCGGGAUGAAAGGAGUCGGUAAGACCGCUUUGCUGGAGCAGCUCGUAUAUGGAAAUAUCGACGCGAAAACGGAAAUUCAUCCCACAAUCGAGGACAUUUAUGUCGCCAACAUUGAGACUGAUCGCGGCACAAAGGAGAAGGUCAGGUUCUACGACACAGCUGGGCUGGAAUCUCUACAGAGCAAUGUAAAUAAUCAGCAGCUUCCACGACACUAUCUCGGCUUCGCCGACGGCUAUGUCCUGGUGUACGACACUGGCAAACCCGAAUCUCUCGAUGUGCUCUUCCCGCUGAAGAAGGACAUCGACAAGAAUAAGGAUAAGAAGGAGAUAACUGUGAUCGUGAUUGGUAAUCGAACGACGAAAACCGAUGCCGCGUUGAAUAACUUGGAGAACACUGUGAGCAAAGCGGCUAACUGGUGCACCAGAGAGAAAGUUAAGCAUUACGAGGUGAAUAUCAUGGAUAGGCCUACUCUAUUUGAGGCAUUCGUGCAUUUGUCGUCCAAGCUUAAUCCUCCCGCUAAUAAAAGUACAUUUUCGCAAUUAAGUAUGGGUAGGAAGACUGUCAAGACCGAAGCGCAGUGAUGCUUGCUUAGAAAUUUAAUCAAUGUUGAUUCGGAUAAACAGCAAUAUGAAUCCCUCGUGAAUUUUGUACUCAGGUAUAAUGUAUUUAACGAUAGUUAAACGCUACAAUGAAGAUAUGUUUUGAGAUCUCAACGGUAUAUAUAUACUUUUCUGUUAAUUUUGGAUAUAUGUGAUAUUAGAAGUGGGAUAAAUGGAACUUGUAGUCAUGAAGACCAUGAAUUUUAUGCAUUUAAUAUGUACUUAAAAUACCAACAACUUUGCUGGUUCAAAGCCUUGUUCAAUAGAACAUUUAUUUAAUCGAAUGAAUGCAAAUACAAAGCUAUUAAAAUACAAAUUCGUCAAUAUUUGACUUUAUGGCUGCGUUAUCACAUUUGUUACUUAAAAAACUUAUUUUUAGUCAUUUGAAUGCUAUAUAGUGCUAUAAUGCUAUAAAAAUUUAUUAAAUCUCUUUAUGGAUUUAUAUGUACUUAAAUCGCUCGACAGUACUGAAACUAUAGUUAAGUUUAAAAGCGAAAUUAUUGUAAAAAUGAUAUUCUAUACUUAUUACAAUUACAGUUGUGAUUAUAUUAAUAACAAAUUAUUAUUUGU